UCUGGAAGCCACCACCAUACACGCCUCGCCCGAGGAGAUAAGUUUUUUUUUUUUUUUCAAAAAAAAUUCCUCCUCUGCGGCCUCCCCUCACCGCCGUCCCCGUCCCGACCACCGGAGGCCGGCCCGCUCCGGCGAGCUGCCGAUACGCAUGGCCGUCCUCCUCCGCACCACCACCUCCGCUACGACCGCCACGAGCGGCGGCUCCUCCUCGGCGACGGCGCUCCUCGCCACCACGUUCCGACGCGGCGGCAGGCGCCUCCUCCUCCUCCCCGCGACACGCGGCUCGGCGCCGCGCCGCGCGGCCUUACUCACGGCUCGCGCCUCGGCGGAGCCGCUGGAGGUCUGCGCCAAGGCCUCCCUCACCGUCCCCGACCGCCUCGGCGACUGUCCUUUCACACAGAGAGUGUUGUUGACAAUAGAGGAGAAGCAUCUUCCGUAUGAUAUAAAACUAGUUGAUCUCGCUAACAAACCUGAUUGGUUUCUGAAAAUUAGCCCAGAAGGUAAGGUGCCUAUUGUCAAGCUUGAGGAACAAUGGGUUGCUGAUUCUGAUGUUAUUACACAAGCGAUAGAAGAGAAGUACCCUGAACCAUCCUUGGCAACUCCUCCAGAAAAGGCUUCAGUCGGGUCAAAAAUAUUUUCCACCUUUAUUGGUUUCCUUAAAAGCAAAGAUCCGAAUGAUGGAACAGAACAGGCACUGCUUAGUGAGCUGACUUCAUUCGAUAGCUAUCUAAAAGACAAUGGUCCAUUUAUUAACGGUGAAACAAUAUCUGCUGCUGAUCUCUCUCUUGCCCCCAAACUAUAUCACAUGGAGAUAGCUCUAGGUCACUAUAAGAAUUGGUCUGUUCCAGAUUCACUUUCACAUGUGAAAAAAUAUAUGAAGACUAUCUUUUCAAUGGAUUCAUUUGUCAAGACUAUAGCUCUGCAAGAGGAUGUCAUUGCUGGAUGGCGCCCAAAGGUCAUGGGUUAAAUUGUAGCUGUAAAAGUAAGGCACUCUGAUAAACUAUAAACUAUACAUCAUACUUUCUUCAGUAAAGCUAGAAUUAUACCACACACAAACAAUUUUCGUAUGAUUACCACUUGUUGCUGCUGAAAUAUCUGGGCAUUUCUUUUGUUGCUAAUAGUUUAUCGGUGAGUAAGACAUUCCAGAAAUGAUGAUGAUUAUGAUAAGAUGUAAGGUUGAUACUUUUCUGGUCAACUGGAAAUAUCGGUUAAUCAGUGGCUUUCUUAGUUGGCAUUAAUCUAUAGCGAGUCAUAGGGACAAACAACACAUGAAGUGCCAAAAAACACAAGUUUAUGUGCAGCUAUUGAUUUAUAUGCAAUAGUUCUUUCUCUAGAGUCUAGUCAUGACUCAUGAAGAUAGAUGUAAAGUCACUGGCGACCCUGGGAAACAAUUUACAUAUUUCAAGGACUAUUUUCUUGGUUACGAAA